AUGCCAGAACUCAAAUCAACCCUCAUUUUCCUUGUCAUUUGUAUUAUCUGCCACCUGACAGUUGUCACUUCAGACCCAUCAGUUGCUUCUGCUGCUUGGACUAGCGCAGUAGACGCAGCCAUGACAGAAUUAGCACAAGAUACAACCUUCCAGAAACAAGUUACAUCAUUGGGUGUUCCUUUCGUCGUUCCAUAUUGUAAAGAAACUGCAAAUUAUCCAACGAAAAAUCCUUUACCUUCUAAUAUCACGAAAUUAACGAUUUGUUCAGAGCUUCAAACAAGUUCAACUAAUUUGUGGUUGACUGUUUAUAAAUUGGUUGCAAAGGGUUUAGUUGCUAAUCUAAAUAAGAAGUAUUCACUUUCGUUAGGAAUCGAAUAUCUUUCGAUUAAUACAACCAGUGGAUAUUUUCCUUCCUUGUUGGGUGGGAUUAAUUCUGGUGCAUGUGAUAUUGUAGUUUCUGAUACUGCCUUGUCAACUGCCAGAAGUGAACAAGUUUCGUUUACUACAUGCUCUUAUGGAACUACCUAUUUCACAUUCAUGAGAACUGACCUCGAUAACACAACCAUAACUGGAAUUACCACUUUAGAUCAACUCAACAGAGCAGAUGUCAAAGUUGCUUGGUGGAAAGGAACUUUAUUCGAUCAAGUCAUGAACAACAGUUUAUCUUUAGUCCAGAAAUAUCCUGGCUCUACAAUGAAUGCAAUGUUUUCAUUUGCAGAAACUAAACAAGUACAUGCUAUUCUAUUCGAUGCUAUUGAUGUGUACAGUUGGAUGAAUGAUCAUAAGGAAUGUGUGAAUUGUUAUAUGAAAGUUUUUGGUGAUCCAUUGCCAGUUUCGAUUUUUACAAAGAAAAUGCCAGCUACUAGUGGAGUUGAAUCGAUUGGAGUGUUGAGUUAUGGAUUGUUGAUUUGUAUUUUGAUUAUUUAUUCAAUUUUGUAAAGAAGAAAGUAAAAUAAUGUUAUUGAG